UGUCCGUCCACAGAAAACAGCAUAGCCAUCUACUCGGCCACAUCGCGCGGACGCAUGCAGCUCAUAUAUGGCGGCCAGCCCUUCAUCUUUGAGAAAACUCUGAAGCUGUCGUCGGGCGAGGAGAAACGAUACUGGCGCUGCAACCAAUGGUGGAACCAGAAGUGUCGCUCACGUGUGUUCACAGUCAAUGAUAUCGUCUGUCCGCUGAAUCGUUUCCAUACGCACGAGGAGAUUGUGCGCCGCAAGAAAAGAGUUCGUCGCGUGCCGGUCGACACCGAGGCAGUGUCCAAGUCAACCGUCACCCGCCAGCAACAGGAGGCGGCACAACAGCAACAGCAACACCAGCAGCAGCAACAGCAACAGCAGCAACACCAUCAAGAUAUGCAAGAGCAGCUGGCCAGCGAUGCGAUGUUGACCACAGCAUUGGAGGAUGAAUCGCCGGCGACCAUUGAUGUGAACGAGCUGGGGAUGCACCUAAAGUACGAGGAAAUAGUGGCCGAUGUUACAGGCAUGGUGGGAUCCAAUCGCGUGGUCAGCCGCGGGAAGUGAGAUGCAAUUUCGCACCGAAUCGUAUAUACAGACAAGUAGAUUUAACUUGAUUUUAGGGCAAGGACACUCUAAGAUAGCACCUACACUAUAUACAAUAUAUGGCUUAAAAUUCAGAUUCUAGCAUACAUACUACAUAUACCUACCUAUAAUUAUACUAUCUUCUAAUAAACUAUAAAAGCCUUUCACAGUAAAGAGUGCAGCAGUAUCCCUUAAAGCCAUAUUCCAGCAAAGUCCUACCACUACCAGACAACACUUUACUAACCUGCCCGGGACAUCUGUUCUUAUCUCUUUUUUGCAGAAGACGCGCACAAGUUCUACUUUACCAAGGGUCAGCGGGAGUCCGUCAAGCUGAACUACGCCGGCCAUAGCUUUGUGAAGUUCAUGCAGAAUAGCCGCGGCACAAAGUGGAUAUGCGCCACCCGCUCCACGACCAAGUGCCGCGCCCGCGUACGCACCAACGAAAAUAACUCCUUGGAGAUUUUACAUGCGCCGCACAAUCACGAAAUGCCACCAAAGCUGGAGAAAAGCCGCCACCGCCAGAAGAUCAAAGCGAGGAAAGUAGAAUAGGAUUAAACCUAGCGAAUCAGAAGACUAGACUCUAGUUUAAGUACGCAAUAAUGGUUAUCGUCAUUUUAAGGAUCUGUAAAGUUUAAGUGGCCUAUUGCCAUAUACAUAGAUAGUUUUUACACUUAAUUUCUGAUAAUCUCAGUAGUACAUGGAUACAGAUAUGAGCGUAUUUUCUUA